AUGCAGAUAAAAGCAAUAUUCAGAAGUGAUAGAAACUAUAAAAAUUAUAAAAAUUCAAAUGACGAGGCGGAAGGAAUAAUAGAAAAACACGAUAAUGCAGAAGACGAUUUUAAAAGAGGCAACACACUAGGGGAUAUGGACGUAGAAAAUAUGAUCGCAUGGAACACAAUAAUAGUACAUGCUACGAUGAUGAAGGAAAGAGCGGUAAUAGAGAGCAAACUACAAUGGACAUAA